CUGGCCGGAUUGAUAGCGCUCGCACUCCUGCUGACCGCCGGAUGCAAUCCAACGGAUGAAGAACUUGCCACACGGAUCGCAGACGGGAUAAAGGCUGCCGUUAAAAAUUCCGACGUACCUGUUGGCGACCUGAAUCCACUGUACCGAGGGGUUUGGCCAUCGGUGUUUUACGUCGAUCCCGGUGAUCGUCAACACGGCACCGGCUGGCUGCUGGAGCCGGGAUUGAUCGUAACGGUCGCCCACCUGGUCGAAGGUCGGCGGCAGGUUAUCGUACGGCAGGCCACUGCACCGACCUUUGUGGCCGAUGUCGUGGGUUCCGACCAUCUUCGAGAUGUGGCACUGUUACGGUACGAUCCGGCCCAAGCCGCGUUGGACCCCAGGGCGAUGCCGCUUCCGAUGGGCAACGCCACGAUCGACGAUAUCGCCAAAGACCUGCUCGCGUUGGGUUAUUCGGGCAGCGGCGUGAAGCGCCUGGGGACAGUAGGGUCACCAAAGGCGAACGCCGGCAUUUUGUCUCAGAUAACCAAUUUUGGCGCCGCUAGCUACGGUAGGAACCUGGAGAUGGAUGCUGCCAUAGAUCCGGGUGACAGCGGCGGCCCGGUGUUGAACCGACAAGGCGAGGUGGUCGGGAUGGUAAGGGCGGCGGCUCGGCAUUCGGCUGACGGUGGUUUGGUCGUGGGAACUUUCUACGCCGUCCACGCCGAUGAAAUCCGAACAGCGAUAGCGUCAAUCGAGUCUGGGGAACAAUAA